AUGGCAGGGAUCAGUAAACCUCACAAUGAAGGAUCCUCGACUGAAGCAGUAAUGGAUAAAGUAGUAAACCAAUUGGAACGAUGGCACUAUGAAGGGGGCUAUCGACGGCUGAGAAUGUUCUCAGGAAUAGUACCGGUGCCUGCGGGGGAGGAGUCCUAUGAAUUAUGGAAAGAAGCGGCUAUACAGCAUUCGGAAGAGUGGCCGUGUACGGAUGCCAUAAAAAAACAACGAGUAGUGGAGAGCUUACGAGGGCCGGCAAUGGGAGUGAUCCAAGCUACUAGAAGGAGUAACCCUCAGGCUACCCUUAGAGAAUAUUUUGAAGCUUUAGAUUUUUCGUACGGGACUUUAGAGGAUGUAUGUGAAUUAUUAGCACGUAUGAAUCACACUUUCCAAGAGCAUGGAGAAACUCUCACUGAUUAUAUAUAUCGAGUGGAUAAAGUGAUUUAUAAAUUGGUGGAAAAAGGAGGAAUGGAAAGGAGCGAAGUGGAUGAGAGGCGACUAUGUCAAGUGCUUAAGGGCGCCUUAACCACUAACCCUGUCGCUCAAAGGCUACGAUGUACCAUGAGGGGGGGACCAGCACCUACGUUAAGUGAACUAGUGAAGGAAGUAAAAUUAGAAGAGGUUCAGAUAGAGAAUAGAGAGAAAACCAUCAAGAAAGUAAAAUUGGUAGUGCCUGCUCCUAGUCCACAGCACUCUUCUAUAGACGACAGACUAUUGAAUUUAUUGGAAGAACAGAAUAAAAAAAUAGAUCAGUUAAUAGCAUUACAAACUGAUAGACAAACCCAACCGUAUAUGCCCACCGGCGUUGGAAGAGGGAUGACAAGGCGGAAUCAGUCUCCCAUAACCUGCUAUCGGUGUGGUCAAAUUGGCCAUCGUUCCUUUGAAUGUCAUCUGAAUGAGCCAAAUAAUAGAGGAAAUCGAUACAAUGCUCGUAGAAGGGAUGAACAAUUGGAAAACUCCAACGGGAGUCCUGUGGUCCCCUCACAGACUCCCCCACAAUAA